AAGACGGUGACGUCUUGCCGUUUAUUUCAAUACGACGCUUCCUGAAGUUUGAAUCCAUUAAGUCGUAAACGUGACGCGACGGGUUCCAUUGUCGGACGGACUCCUAGUCGCUUUUUUUAUUAUCGUUUGUGACUAAAGUAUUAACUCGCAAUGACGUGUCAGUUUUGAAGUAGUGAUUUGUUUGUUUUGGUUCAGUUUAUUUUUUAAAUAAUGUUUAACAAAAACUAAUAAGCGGUCUGUGUGCACAGCCGGUCUGAAGCAUAAGCAAAUUAUGUGGUUAUGUCCCGCCAGGCCAGCGGGGGGCAGCCAAGAGCACUUGUUUUCUUUCAAGUUGCUUCUCAGAGUGAGGCGACUUUUCGUAACAUUUACAUUGUAUUGUGCAUUUUUUAUUUUUUAAAUCAUUUCUAAAUGGCUGUUACGUAAAUUAAUUCUUAUAUUGUGGUGAAAUUGCCAAGGAAAUUUAUUUUUAAUCCGCUCUUGAUUUUAAAAUAAAUAUGAGGAAGUAUUUUGAAUUCAGAAACACAAACUAAUUGCAAAACAAACAACGACGACAACAAAAAAGCUUUAAGGGAUUUCCAACCUCAAAUACUUAAAGUAUUGAAAGUGUCAUUAAACAUUAACCAACAUGUUUGCUUCCUCAUAAACAGUUCAAAACAAUCACAUGACGAAUCACAAACUGCAAGCUGAGCUUUAACCUGGACUGGUGGGUAAAUCAUUACUUUGCAGUUUCCCUGGGUUUAAAAGUGAAGCCUGACUUGUUGCAUUUCGAGGGUUUAACUGCAGUCACGCGUCCAGCAGUCAUGUCACACAGAAGCAGCUGAAAGAAGCACAUGACUCCUGAGUGGGAGGCCGUGCACUUCUGCUUCUGCUCCAGAGGAAACGACAGAAGCAGCAGCAGGUUUCGAGGCUCCGAGACAAAGAGACCAUUUACCCGGUCCAACACCUGGUUCUGGUUCUGGUGUCUCUUGGUGCCCGAGUCCUUACACCCCGCAUCACUGCAGCCAUGAUGGCCAAGUCGGCUCUGCUGAAGGUCAUCCUCCUGGGCGACGGCGGCGUUGGCAAGUCGUCCCUCAUGAACCGCUAUGUCACCAACAAGUUCGACUCGCAUCUCUUCCACACGAUCGGCGUGGAGUUCCUCAAUAGAGAGCUGGAGGUGGACGGGCGGCGGGUCACCCUGCAGAUCUGGGACACGGCGGGUCAGGAGCGCUUCCGCAGCCUCCGCACGCCCUUCUACCGCGGCUCCGACUGCUGCCUCCUCACCUUCAGUCUGGAUGACGGACAGAGCUUCCAGAACCUCUCCAACUGGAAGAAGGAGUUCGCCUACUACGCCGACGUCAAGGACCCCGACAGCUUCCCGUUUGUGGUGCUGGGCAACAAGCUGGACGUCCCCAAACGCCAGGUGUCCGGGGAGGAAGCCCGCAGGUGGUGCCGGGAAAACGGAGGGCACCCGUACUUCGAAACGAGCGCCAAGGACGCGACGAACGUGGCGUCGGCCUUUGAGGAGGCGGUGCGUCGGAUACUGGCGUCUGAAGACAGAGACGAUCACCUGAUUCAGACUGACACAGUGAACCUGCAGAAGAAGCCUCGCCCUGAGCCCAGCUGCUGUUAAUCUGAGGGACUCUGGGGUUUUGGCUGGGCCUUUGCACUGAUGCCACUGUACAGCUCUGCAUGCUACUAUUUAUGAUUAAACCUGGAUCAACAUUUUCAUGUCAAGUUUUUAGCUCAACAAUCAAAACUACACCACGUUUGGCUCACAUCUACUGAUGUUAUCUCUUUUGUUUGUAUCAGGGAACCAAAUAAGACCAAAAAAAAAAAACUGUGAUUAAAAUAUGUUGAUGCCCAGAAAAACAGAAGUAGAGAUUAUUUUGUGCUCAUAAUUGCAGAAGUAGUGCUCAGAUUGACAUUAACACUUGCACUCCCUCUGGAUUUAGAUUUAUUUUCUCCUAAAAUAAUCAUUCUUGUAUUCGUGUAAAAAAAACUGCACAGAAGCCCAGAGUUCUCAUUUCUCAAUAACUCAUAGUGAAAUUAUGUUUUAAAAUGUGAGGGUUUUAGCUACAUUAUACCAUACUUAAUUUUUUUACUCUAAAUUUGCUGUGAAGUUGACACAAAUUUGCAGAACAAUUCAGGUUAACUUGCUUUAUUUUUAUUUUUGUGCAGUACCCUUUUCGUCCACAUGGUCGCGCCACUAUUACAAAGUUCAUAUUCAAGCUUCAUUGUAGAAUUAAAAAGAAACAAUAAAACCAAUUGGUUUCUUUUAACAAGGGAAACUAAUCCUAAAGAUUAGCCAAUAAAGAGCGGUAAAUAUA